GCCGGCACCGGCGGACAGGGCGGGGGACGGGGGGACCCGCUCGCCGCCGGGGGGUGGGUGGGUGUGUGUUGGGGCGGGGGGGGGUGUCGAUGGAUGCCCGGGGCGGAGGACCCUGCCCCCGCCCUUUGUUCGCUGCCGGAGGGAGCGCGGGGGCAAAAUGGCGACCCCCUGCCUCCUCCACCGCAUCUCCGACUCGACACCGCCGGCUUUGUGCGUGCCGCCACGCCUGGCCGGGCCGCCCGCAGCCGGGCAGGGAUGGAUGGGAUGCUCUCCGCGCCCCGGGCUGCCCACCUCUCCCGGAGGCCUUCUCCUCCCCCCGGGGUGCAGCGGGGCCCUGAGGGGACGGGGAGCAGCACCAGAUGGCCCCGGCGUCGCUCGCGUAGGCAGCGGCCGCGGCCCCUCGGGGGUAGCCGCCUUUCCAAAACCUGCACCGGUCAAAAAGUGUUGGAAAGGCUCGCAGAGGUGGUGCAGGCGUGCUGAGAGAGAAACUUGAGGAGAAGCGGUGUUGCAAACAGUCGGCAGACAGCUGCGCUAGAGAAGAGCUAAGUUGUGUUUUACAAAGCAUGGCCCAGUAAUGUCUUUAAUUAUGCUCUUAGGAAGCACAGAUUAAAAUGGAAAAAACGCGGCUCUCCAGCCUGACAUUGCUGCCUGAGGCCACAGCAGCCGCGCAGACGGAAGCCUUUCUUUUCUUCCCUGUUCUAGGCUUGGCACUGUCAUUGACCUCUUUGGUGUACCCAUAGGCAAUUUCCUGCCCCUUCACUUUCCCUUCUAAAAUGGUUUCCUGCAUCCUACAGCUGCUCAUCAUGUCUUGGCUGCUCCAGCUCUGCACGCUCUGACCAUGAGCAGCAAUUCCUCCCUCAGCAAUGUGAAGGGCCUGAGGAACCUCACCACACAGGAAGACGGGGCAGUCAGAGUCACUGAGUCCAUUGCUAUAAUCGUCAUUACUAUUUUCAUCUGUUUGGGCAACUUGGUGAUUGUUGUCACCCUAUAUCGGAAGUCUUACCUUCUCACAUUGAGCAACAAGUUUGUGUUCAGCCUGACCCUCUCCAACUUUCUACUCUCUGUACUGGUGCUACCUUUCGUCGUCACCAGCUCCAUCAGGCGAGAAUGGAUCUUCGGAGUUGUUUGGUGCAAUUUCUCAGCCCUGCUCUACAUGCUGAUCAGCUCAGCCAGCAUGCUUACUCUUGGACUCAUAGCUAUAGACCGGUACUAUGCUGUGCUGUACCCGAUGGUUUACCCGAUGAAGAUAACAGGCAACAGAGCAGUGGUAGCUCUUGUGUAUGUGUGGCUACAUUCCCUUAUCGGCUGCCUCCCUCCCCUUUUCGGCUGGUCGUCUUUGGAGUUUGACCAAUUCAAGUGGAUGUGUGUGGCGGCCUGGCAUAAAGAGGCUGGUUACACUGCCUUUUGGCAGAUCUGGUGUGCGUUGCUGCCUUUCAUGGUCAUGAUGAUCUGCUAUGGAUUCAUAUUCCGUGUGGCAAGGAUUAAGGCCCGCAAAAUCCACUGUGGUAGCAUUGUCAUUGUGGAGGAGGACUCCCAGAGGAACGGGAGGAAGAACUCCAGCACCUCCACAUCCUCUUCUGGCAGCCGAAGGAACGCUUUCCAAGGGGUUGUCUACUCAGCCAACCAGUGCAAAGCUUUCAUAACCAUCUUGGUUGUCAUCGGUGCUUUCGUGAUUACGUGGGGGCCUUACAUGGUAGUAAUUACAUCAGAGGCACUUUGGGGAAAAAAUAGUAUUUCUCCUGCCUUGGAGACAUUAGCUACAUGGUUGUCCUUUUCCAGUGCCAUUUGCCAUCCACUAAUUUAUGGACUGUGGAACAAGACAGUGCGCAAGGAACUACUAGGAAUGUGCUUUGGGGAUCGGUAUUAUCGCGAGUCCUUUGUUCAGCGGCAUAGGACAUCGAGAUUAUUCAGCAUUUCCAAUAGGAUCACAGAUUUGGGACUCUCUCCUCAUCUCACUGCCCUCAUGGCAGGUGGGCGGCCAUUAGGAAACAGCAGCAGCACAGGAGACACAGGUUUCAGCUGCUCACAGGAUUCAGGAACAGAUACAAUGCUUCUUGAAGAUUAUAGCUCAGAUGGCCCUCUUGCCCCACACUGCAUCUGUCCUCCUCGAAGGAGGAGUUCGGUGACGUUUGAAGAUGAAGUAGAGCAAAUUAAAGAAGCUGCAAAGAAUUCUGUUCUUCAUGUAAAAGCCGAAGUCCAUAAAUCUCUGGACAGUUAUGCAUCCAGUUUAGCAAGAGCUAUUGAAGCUGAUGUGAAAAUCAGCUUGUUUGGGGAAGAUGCUUUACCAGGAGCUCUGUUCCCUGCGCGGACUCUGCCAGGAAGCAGUAUGAACACACGGCGUGGUACCAGGCCCCAUGCUAGCCAAAGACUUAAGUUGCAGAGCAUCGAUGAAGGGAAUAUUUGACAGGAGCACUGGAGUAAGAAAACAGAAUGAAACCACUAGGCGGGACCUACUACAGCUGUCAGUGUUUCAACAGAAGCAGGAUACCUUGUCGGGAUGUUUUCAGUGUUUUUUCAACACUUGAAAACCAGCUGAAUUCUGGUACUUACAGCAUUUUACAGCAGUAUUCAUUUACUGUUUAGGGUGCUAUUGACUCUUUUGUGCCAUGUCUUAAAUCUAUCACACAGUGCACAAGAAUGCAGGGUUUGGUUUCAUCGACCACAUUACGUUAGUCUGUUGAAUCUUGGGUCCAUUAUUGGCCAAAGCCAAUACAGGAAUGAAAAAGUAUGUGCAGUGUUUUAAUUUGUUAUUGCAUUGAUCCUUUUCUGACCACCAGGAUAAUCAGUUUAUACUUGAUAGCUGGAGUGCUCUGAUAGGAGCUUGUGCAUUGGAUACUACAUACAGCCUUACUAUCACAGACUCCCAAAUGAGGAGCAUGGACUUCACUAAGGGCAAAACCUGAACUUUUCAGAGAGCUCAUGCAGAUUAUGGUCCUACUUACCCUUGCUAGUGGAUAUUUCUGGCUGUUCAGCCAUCAGAAUGGUAGAUCUGAAACUGGAUUGUGCAUUGCUUCUGUGUUACGAGACAUCAGCUUCUCUAGAUAUAAUGGGUGGGAGCAGACCUGUGCUGGAAAUAUCACAGAGAUGGUAUAUGAGGACAUCAUCAAUGCAGAGUUCUUAGUUUCUCUGAGAACUUCAGUUCACUUCCCUGGUUUUGCUUUUACUAAAAGGGCACUCUAUGGCUGUGGUAAACUUGACAGAAUAUAAAUAAGGUAUUACCACUUCAUAUUCAGGAUUCAUCUUUUCUAGAGAGAAAAGUUCUAUGAGGUUGGGGUUUUUUUUUAACUUGUGAGGGGAUGUAGUAUUUAAGCUAUAGUUACCUCAGUGCAUAUAUUUCUUGGAGUAUUAAUUCAUUAAUCUCUAAAAUAAGAACUUUUGGCACUUAUAUUGCACUUUGCGUGUUCUUAAGCACUGUACAGACACUACCUUGUUAGGCCUUUGUGAGAGGGUUGAUCAGCCCUGCUUGCCAAAGAAGGGGAACUUGGCAACAGUCAAGCUGCUGGCAAUCAAACAAGCUGCAGAGGUGGAAAGGUUUGUUACGAGAAGAGGGAUAAGGUGGAUCGUGCGAGCAUGCCCGGCUUGAGGAACCUUUCUGUGCCUUCCUGGGCUGGCCACUUUCUUACUUUGUGGGGGUUACAGCCCUGCCUUACUUCUUGUUUUGAAGAGAGGGAGACAUAAGUGAGCAGGAUAAUUUGCAGGAUUUGCAAUUGUGUCUGCAACUCUGUGUCUGCUCCCCCAUGCCUCCACCUUUCCCCAGAAGUGGUUUGUAUGAGUUUUUACUGCAGGUUGUUUGGAAAUCAGGAGCAGGAUGUUUCCAUCUGGGCAAAAACUGCGUGUACACUUGUUAAAUUAUGCCUGUGUGCGACUUACUUGGAGGCACAGAAGCGAAGUGUUUUUGAGGCAGAGCCUCAGUCCAGUACUGUAUUUAGACAUCCUAUUUCUCUGUGUUCCUAACUCAGAAAUAUAUUUCAGCACAAGUUUAUGUCCAUCUCUGGACAAAGGAGCUUGACUUCAUGAACUAGCCUGAAUCCCAUUGCAUUCCCAUGUAAGCUAUAACUGCAUGCUUAAAAUUCAGUACAUGGUUUGCUGAUAAGAACAGGCUGUUAAAGCAAGAACACUUAAGCACUAGUAAGAUGGCUUUUUGCAUAAUGCAGGAAUGAAACGACUACUAAUAGUGAGGUCCUCACUCCUGUGUUUUUUUUCUUCUAGUGUUAGAUAAAUUAGCACCUGUGGGCACUCACUGAAAAAAAAAAAAAAUUUAAAUUUAAAAUCCCAGUAUUUGCCAGGAAAUGCCCUGCACUGAGGUCAUUAUUGCUGUCAUUAUCAUUACAAUCGCUGUUGCUCAUAGUACUCAGCACUCCUUAAGGUAUACGCUUGCCUCAGAUGGCUUGAAGUAUUUUACCUGUAUCCCUUUUAUUUCAUAUUCCUGUUUCAAAACAAGGUGAGCAAAGUUGUUGCUGAAUGUGAAAAGGGCACAUGUGAGGACGUAUGCAUUGUGGUGAAGUCAGUGCUAGCCCAAAGCGGUAUACAUUGAGGAGGAGAGGUUCCAAGGCACGUGUGAAAGCACAAAAUUGUUAGUAUUAUGUAAAAAGUGCAUUUUUCACACAGGUACUGAGCCAAACCUGGCCUUCAGGCAGGCCAGUGGAGUUGUAUCAGUUUACACCAUGACUGAAUUUGGCUGUCAGUGUUACUUUCACUAAUAUGUUGCUUAGCGUAAAUGUUGUUAAUAUUUUUGUACAUGCAUUAUAGCCUUUCCGUAAUUGUUAUUACCAGAGUCAUUAUCUCACUUGAAUUGUCAUUAACAAAAGCAGUAAUUAAGAGAUGCACACAUUUUGUAAAGUUGUAUUCCCUGUGUUAAAUACAAAAGAAAGAAAACCUUC